CUGCCACGAUGAACCGGACGCUCAGCAUGAGGGCAGGAGGUGGAGGCCGAUCCUACAGUGCAGCCUCGGCCAUAAUUCCAAGCAGCAACAGGGCUGGCUUUAGCUCUGUGUCUGUGGCACGAUCAGGAGGAGGAGGAGGUGGCUUUGGGAGGCUCAUUGGAGGAGGUGGUGGUGGCAGUUCUGGUGGUGGUGGAGGUUUUGGCAGCAGGAGCCUCUACAACCUUGGUGGUAGCAAGAGGAUUUCCAUCGGGGUUGGAAGCAGCUUCCGAGCUGCUUUUGGAAGUGGAGCUGCUGGUGGCUCUGGCCUGGGAGGUGGUGGAUCUGGCUUGGGUGGAGGUGCUGGUGGGCUUGGCUAUGGUGGUGGUUAUGGAGGUGUGGGUACAAUCCAAGAAGUGACCGUAAACCAGAGUCUUCUGGCACCGCUGAACCUGGAGAUAGAUCCAAACAUCCAACAGGUGCGGAAAGAUGAGAAGGAGCAAAUCAAGACCCUCAACAACAAGUUUGCUUCUUUCAUUGACAAGGUUCGCUUCCUGGAGCAGCAGAACAAGGUGCUGGAGACCAAAUGGACCCUUCUGCAGGAGCAGGGCCAAAAAAACAAUUCUGGCAAGAGCAACCUGGACCCGCUCUUCGAGGCCUACAUCAACAACCUGCGGCGACAGUUGGCCAACCUGCUCAAUGAGCGGGGACGCAUGGAUGGGGAGCUGAAGAACAUGCAGGACCUUGUGGAGGACUUCAAAAACAAAUAUGAAGAGGAAAUCAACCGGCGCACAGCGGCAGAGAACGAAUUUGUGGUGCUCAAGAAGGACGUGGAUGCUGCUUACAUGAACAAGGUGGAGCUGGAGGCCAAGGUGGACGCCCUGAGUGAUGAACUCAACUUCCUCCGAGCCCUCUAUGAGGCGGAGCUGGCCCAGCUCAGCGCCCAAGUGUCUGACACCGCCGUCAUCCUGUCCAUGGACAACAACCGGGACCUGGACCUGAGCAGCAUCAUUGCUGAAGUCAAAGCUCAGUAUGAGGACAUCGCCAACCGGAGCCGUGCCGAGGCCGAGGCUUGGUACCAAACCAAGUUUGAGGAGCUGCAGGCCACGGCUGGGAAACAUGGUGAUGACCUGCGCAACACGAAGGGUGAAAUCUCAGAGCUCAACCGGCUCAUCCAGAGGAUCCGUUCUGAGAUAGAGAACACAAGGAACCAGACGGCCAUCGGAGACUCUGAGGAGCGCGGGGAGUUGGCCCUCAAGGACGCCAAGGCAAAGAUGAUUGACCUGGAAGACGCCCUACAGAAAGCCAAGGCUGACAUGGCCCGGCAGCUCCGGGAAUACCAGGAGCUCAUGAACGUCAAACUGGCCCUGGACAUCGAGAUUGCGACCUACAGGAAGCUGCUGGAGGGAGAGGAGAGCAGGCUCAGUGGGGAGGGACUGAACCCCAUCAGCUACUCAGUCAUCAGCUCUGGCUCCAGCAUUGCUGGUGGAGCUGGUUUAGGAGGAGGAUUUGGUGGACUGAGCCUGAGUGGAGGAGGCGGCGGAAGUGGUUUUGGCCUUGGAGGAGGUGUUGGAAAUGGUUUUGGCCUUGGAGGAGGAGGUGGGAGCAGUUUCGGUCUUGGAGCUGGCGGUGGAGGAGGAGGAAGCUACAGUUUUGGAAGCGGAGGAGGACUUGGACUCGGGGCUGGAGGUGGUCUUGGAGGUGGAUUUGGAGGAGGGAGUGGUCUGGGCACUGCUGGCAGCUACAGCCAUGCCGGAGGCGGCAGCAGCACCCUGAGCACCAGCGGAGGGAAUUUCAGCUCUGGAAGUGCAAAAGGCACCAACCCAGGUGUGAAAAUUGUCUCCAAAACCUCCUCCAGCAAAAAGAGCAUAAAAAGCCAAAGCCUGAAGAAUGCCACAGAGCCCGAGUAA